GACGAGAGCUCCAUCGGCUAGCUGGGGGGCUUAGAAUUUUAUUUUCGGUUUACAGCGCAAAAGAAGAGCAAUGAGGCCAGGACACGGAUGGGGACGGCGAAGCAGCGGCUCCAAUAAAAGGCAGCUACUCGCGGCCCGGCAGGGUCUCGGCGCCCCGCGAUCGGCGGACCCUCAGUGGCGAGCGCGGCCCGGGGCUCGGUAACCUCCUCCGCAGAGCCGGGGAGGGCCGGACCGAACGCGGGCGCGCGGGCGCAGCUUCCGGCGGGCCAAGAGCGCGGACCCUGCGUCCGGGGCGGGACUUCCGGCGAGGCGCGGAAGCGGCGGUAGUUGCUGGUGAAGUUGGGCAGCGGGCGGAUGCAGGCGGCGCGGCACGUCGUGUGCGCCCUGUCCGGCGGGGUGGACAGCGCCGUGGCCGCACUGCUGUUGAAGCGGAGAGGUUACCAGGUGACAGGGGUGUUUAUGAAGAACUGGGACUUGCUGGACGAACAUGGGGUCUGUGCUGCUGACAAAGACUGUGAAGACGCUUACAGAGUCUGCCAGAUCUUAGACCUCCCUUUCCGUCAAGUGUCCUACGUGAAGGAGUACUGGAAUGAUGUGUUCAGUGAUUUUCUGAAUGAGUAUGAAAAAGGAAGGACUCCCAAUCCUGACAUCAUUUGCAAUAAGCACAUCAAAUUCAGUUGCUUUUUUCGUUAUGCUGUGGAUAAUCUUGGGGCAGAUGCCAUUGCCACAGGUCACUAUGCGAGAACGUCACAGGAAGAUGGAGAGGUCUUUCAGCAGAAGCACAUCAAGAGGCCGGAAGGGCUUUUCAGAAAUCGGUUUGAAGUGAGAAACGCGGUAAAACUCCUCCAGGCAGCCGACAGCUUUAAAGACCAGACCUUCUUUCUCAGCCAGGUUUCCCAGGAUGCCCUGCGGAGAACCAUCUUCCCUCUGGGGGGAUUAACAAAAGAUUUUGUCAAGAAAAUCGCUGCUGAGAAUAGACUUCAUCACGUGCUUCAGAAGAAAGAGAGCAUGGGCAUGUGUUUCAUCGGGAAGAGAAAUUUUGAACAUUUCCUUCUUCAGUAUUUGCCAUCUCGACCUGGUCAGUUUAUUUCCAUAGAAGACCAUAAGGUUCUGGGAACACACAAAGGUUGGUUCCUGUAUACCUUGGGCCAGAGAGCAAACAUAGGUGGCCUGAGAGCGCCCUGGUACGUGGUGGAGAAGGACAGUGCCAAGGGUGAUGUGUUUGUGGCUCCCCGGUUAGACCACCCAGCCCUGUACAGGGACCUGCUGAGGACCAGCCGGGUGCACUGGAUCACGGAGGAGCCGCCUGCAGCACUGGUCCGGGACAAGAUGAUGGAGUGUCACUUCCGAUUCCGCCACCAGAUGGCACUAGUGCCCUGCGUGCUGACCCUUAAUCAAGAUGGCACCGUGUGGGUGACGGCCGUGCAGGCUGUGCAUGCCCUUGCCACAGGACAGUUUGCCGUGUUCUACAAGGGGGGCGAGUGCCUGGGCAGCGGGAAGAUCCUGCGGCUGGGGCCGUCUGCCUACACGCUUCAGAAGGGCCAGCGCCAAGCUGGGGUGCCCACCGAGAGCCCCAGUGACAGCCCAGAAGAGGGCCCAGACCUUCGUCCCUCACUCUGACAGAGAUGGAGCUGCUGGGAGGAGCCUGGAGAGCAGGGCCCUGGGCUGGGUGGCUAGUGAGUGGUCCAGGUCCCCAAGGCCCAGCUUGCUGCGGCCCAAAGUGAAGAACGCUGGGCUGGUCAAGGGUCUGCAAAGCCUGCAGGGGCCUGGCGAGCCCCAGGAAGAGCCUCACCUCCAGGCUGUAGCUCUGGCUGGCUGGUAGGGUGGCCUGAGGGCUUCCCACCUCAGCACAAUGAGGGGACCCUGUGGAGGGGGACGCAGGGACGGUGUGGAAUAAACAUUCUUUUAAGGACA